AUGGGAGACGACAGCUGCGGGUCUAGCGAGUGCGACUGGGAACGCUACGGAGGGGAGUUACAAAAGACAUCGGCUUAUUUGCUGAGCUCUCUUCCCCGGAAAAGUCGACAUAAAUACGUACGCGCCGCGCUGCGUCACAAGUAUAUCUACAUCAAAACGGCACGUGAGGAGCUGGAUGGUUCGAAGCGUGGAAGAUGGCGCGAGGCGCUGGAUUGCUGGGAUCUCAGAAUGUGGUCGCGUCGACCGCUUGUGUCUGCGGUUACGCGGACGUACGGCACCUGGAUCUGUGGAUAA